AUGGACAUGCCUAAAUCAAAACCAGUUGCUUCUAAAGAUAACUUCUUGUGUGUUGAAUGUGGCAGUACGUUCAUUCACCAUGCUUCACUACUCAGACAUCGUUUACGAUUUCAUAUCAGUGGUCACAAGUGUUCUUUAUGCAAUAUGGAAUUAAGAAUUAGCGAGUCUGAAGUUGGUGGCUUCUCUGAUUUAAAAAAACAUAUGUUGGAAGCUCAUCAGAUCUCUACUUUCUACAGUUGUGGAUGUUGCUGCUGGAUCUUCAGCAACAAGAGCUCGUUGCACAUGCAUUGUAAAAGCAUGAGUACUUCCGGAUCACCCGGGCCAGCCGAACCAAUCGCAACUCUAUUGACAGAUGCCUAUAAUGCCCCUGAGAAAUCAGAUAAUAGUGAUGAAGUAGCGGGUACUAACGAAAAUAAGCCGUCUCCUCCUGUAAGUAAGAAAAAAAUAGCUCGACGCUCCUCUGGUCCUAGACCGAAAAAAAUAAGCACCGAUGCUGCAUCAGAAUCCAUGCUUAACAAUUUAUAUUCAUAUCUUACAACACUUAACCAAUCUAUGAACGCAGAAGCUGUGGAGGAGGAAAAACCUGAAGUAAAGGAAUCUCUGGUUUCAUCUCCAAAUAGUUCUGAACUCAAUAGCCAUGACGGAGAGAAGUCGUUGGAAGGAGAAACUACAGAUCAAUCUGAUGUAACUAAUCCUGAUAGUUCUCUAAUUACUAAUGAGCUAAUGGAGCUAUUAGCGAAAAAUUUGGAAAAACCGGCAAAAUCGGAAAGCAAAUCCAAGAGUAGUAGUUCUGAACUACUAUACUGUCGUGACUGUGGAGUUUCUUUCUCAAAUAAGUCAUCACUAUAUAGACAUUCAAUGAAAAUUCAUCUGGAUGCUCACAUCUGCAGCCUAUGUGAUGAAGAAAUAUUAGUAAGUAGCACUGAUGGCUCAGAUAAUAUGAUGAGAAGACAUAUGUUAACUCUUCAUAAUAUUAAUAAUGUUUAUACUUGUUCAUGUUGUUUCUGGGCAUUUGAUAACAAAAAAGAUUUGUAUAAUCAUAACCAUACCAUGUCCACUCAAGGAAAACCUGGCGAUUCCAGGAAAAUUGCUACUAGUCGCAAGAAACAAGUUCCUGUUGAUGAGGGAUUAACGCACACUAUGACUGAAGAUUUCUUUAAAUUAUUUAAUAAUGACCUUAAUAAUAUUUUCAAUUGUUUAAAAGAAACAGUUGAUAAAGAUGAAACCGACUUGAGUGAAGAGAUCAAGCCAACUGCUGCUGAAUCAGUCUCAAGCGAUCAUUCUGAUAAUGAAAACGCUAACGAAGGAUUGGACAUUCCUAGCUCUGAAGAAGAUGAGUCGUCAAAACAAGAUCCUGCAAGUUUAAGGGUGCCUGACCAAGAUGGUUCCUUGAAGCGACCUGAUCUUAAAGGUCAGUUCUGCUGUCUGGACUGCGGAAAGUACUUCUGCCACUCUGCUUCCCUACAUCGUCAUCGUGCGAAAGCACAUCCAAAUGACUUUGAAUGCUUAUUGUGCAACACUGUGAUUCAAAAAGCUAAAUCCGUAAAGGAGCAUAUGCUCAAUGAACACCAAAUACCAACUGCCCCAGUUUGUUGGUGUUGUGGAUGGUAUUUCGAGAACAAAAAACUUCUGAAAGUCCACGUGGAGAAUAUGAAGAAAUAUGGCGACACGAAAGAUGUCGUACCAUUGGCCAAAUCAACUGGGGGAGGGCGCCCUCCAGUGAAUAGGAAGAAGAGUAAGAGUUCUGAAGCAGAAAGUCUCAAAGAGCUUAAUGAUUUCUCUUCUUUCGUAGCGUUAUUCUGUCCGGAAGUUAAUAACAAUGAAAGCAAAACAGCAGAAGGUCAAUCGAGUCGUGAAGAAUCGCCGGUACAAACCGGAUCGAGCUCGAUGGAAAAUGAUCAGAACUCAAAAAGCAAAUCUUUAUCUCCUCAACUAAAUGCUGAAAGCUUUUCUUCUUCUAAGAACGAUGUAGUUACAGCAGUGAGCCCAACACCAAAGAGUGAAUAUGAUGGGAAGAAAACGAACAAAAGAAGGAUAAAUGAUAUUGCUUCAGUGCUAAUGUCGAAGAAGUUGAAAACAAGCGAAGCUUAA